AUGUCUGUUCGGCCGCACGGCGACUCCGAGAAUGACAUGGUGAUCGAGAACCUAUCCUUCUCCUCACACGUCUCGACUGUUGGCCGUGGUGCGGCUGCCGAUCUCGAGUCCAUCGCUUACGCCAUCGUGAGUACGGACCGCCACUCAGAAGGCCAUGUGGCGUCCGGUACCGGUGGCCAGGAGGGGAUGUCUGGCGCGUGCAGGGACAUGUCGACCAUGGACAUUGUGAAGAAGUUCUUCUUUGUAGGGUACCCGCUGACGCUGUCGUCGCUGGGGCAGUUCUCGCUGAACCUCGUCAUUAUCAUGGUGAUUGGACAGCUGCUGGGCCUCGAGGCUAUGGGCGGCGCGUCCCUUGCCGUGGGGCUGAUGAACGCCACAGGGUUUGCCUUCGGUGCCGGGCUGUGCGGCGCCCUGGAGACGGUCCUGUCGCACAGCUUUGGCCACUUCCAGCAGGAAGAGGAGAAACGGCUGGCACGGGCGAAGGCAGCGGCUGCUCGGGCAGGCACUGCGGUGGAGCCGCCGGUACCCUACACGCUUCACAUAUACGGCAUCUAUGCUCAGCGCAUGGCCAUCAUUCUCAUAGGGGCUGCCGUGCCGCUAGGCUUCAUUUUGUGUUUUGCUGACACGUUGCUUAGCGGUCUUGGCGAGAGCGCCGCCGUGGUGCACUACACAGGCAGGUGGUGCCGCUGGGCAGUAUUCGGAAUUCCCGGAGCCAUGGCGUUUCAGCUUGCCCAGCGGUACUAUUCGUGCCAGCACAUGACGAAGCCGCUGGCUGUUGCCCUCUUUUCAGCCUCCGUCGCCAAUCCCAUUCUGCAGUUCAUCUUUGUGAAGCUCUUGGGCUUCACAGGCUCUCCAAUCGCGUGGCUGAUAAUGAUUACUGGCACUGUUGUGGGCCUCACGUGCUACCUACGAUACACUGGUAAAUACAAGCUGACAUGGGGUGGGUGGGACAUCCGUGGCGCGCAGGGCCUGGGCAGCCUCCUCAAAAUAGCCCUACCUUCAAUGGGCAUGAUGCUGAGUGAGUGGGUUGCUCUUGAAGUGAAUGCGCUUGCCGGUGGCUACGGCACGGCUCCGGAGCUUGGCGCGUACACAAUCACUCUGCAGGUCUUCAGUAUUAUGUGGGCCAUGUCUUCCGGUGUGACGACGUUGACUUCUGUGUUUGUGGGCAAUGCCAUUGGUGAGGGCAAGCCGCUCCUUGCGCGACGCAUUACCUUUACCGCAAUCGGUGUUGUGUUGUGCAUUGGGGUUUUUGAUGUAGCGCUGUGCCUUCUCCUGGAGCCCUUUAUCCCGUCGUUCUUCGUGAAGGUAGAUGAGGUGGACGCUGUGACAGUCAUCUACCGGGAGUUGAUGUCUUUGGUCAUGCCGUACCACUUCUUCGACAUUUUCCAGAGCACUGUGAUGGGCGCUCUUCGUGGGUGUGGGCUGCAGAGGCUCGGCGCGGUUAUCAUCUCCGUGGCGUUUUGUGUGGUAGGUGUCCCGCUGAGCUUUCUGUUGUUCUUCUACUUCAAGAUAGGUAUCAAGGCACUGUGGAUCGGACCGUUCACUGGCGUCGUGGGGGUGGGGACGCCUCUGUACAUCUAUAUCCUUCUACGGUACAUCAAGUGGGAGGACCUAAGACCUCACACGGAGAACACUUCGGCCCUGACGGAGGCAGAUACUGGUUGUGCUCGUGCUAGUACCAUCAACAACCCUGCUGAAGUACCGCCGGAGAGCGCAACCGCUACUCUGACAGCUGCCCCGGCUGCAACGGUGCGGCAGUUUGUCGACGCCGCCACGCCAAGCCCAGCGGCGCAGGGGUCGACUGCCGCCUUUGCUGCUAAGAAGUCUCCGCCGAAGAACGGGCACCUGCAUGUGCCGUCGUGA